AUGAAGCAAACUAUCAUCCUCAGUGUCUUCGCUGCCCUCAGUACUGCUGUUGCUGGUGCAACUCUCGAAUCUCGGGCUACCUGCGGCGAGACUGACAAGCGUGUCUGCUACGGUGUCGACAGUGGUACCUCUCAAGACGUCAACCUCGACGACGUCCAAUAUGCCGCCGACUACCUCCGCUACCUAGGCACAUCAAACAAGGGCCUCGACGCCAUGUGGAAGAUGCCUGCCGCCGUCGGCACCUGCGACGAAUGGCAAUUGCCCGUCGACUACCCUGGCACCGUCCUGUCCCUUGCCAAGCACAUCGUUCCCCGAUACGCUGCUUACGUGCUAUACACCGACAUCGCGGAUGCUAUCGAUGGCGGCGAGAACGCUUCCGCUGCUGCGAAGAAGCAGGCUCUUCUCGGCGCUUGCGGGGUUCAUGGAGGUAUGGUUGGCGUCAAGACCAACUCAACAAAUCCGGCCUACAACACUGCUGAGUACAAGAAGACCGGUGCUAAGCCGACUGGUCUCUUGGUCAAGAUCGUUAAGAACAACGCUCAAUAG